ACAAAAUCGAUGCCGGAUAGGAGGAGAUGGUUGGACACCCCUGACUUCCUGCUUCUCCGUCGAAUAAUCACGGAUCAGUCCCCAAUCGAAAUUGGACUUGGUGGUAGAGGCAGUUUGAGGGCAGAGAAACAUUUUGGACGAUCAGUCUCAGACUAAAGAGACUACGGAUUUUCGAUAAAACGUGCAACAGCGCUAUCUGGAGCUGGCGCAUAUAGGCGAUGGGGAGAUAACCAAAGAUGGAGUUUGCAGAAUUUAUUAAGAAGCCAAUGGUGAACAAUGUGGUUCUGUGGAAGCCAUUCCGUAAGUCUGUUGAAGGAACACUUUGUAUCACAGGGCAUCACCUCAUUCUGUCAUCACGGAAGGACAACAAGGAGGAACUAUGGCUGCUACACAACAAUGUUGACAGUAUAGAGAAGAAGCUGUCUCAGCCCGGUGGAAUUCUAUCGCUGAAGUGUAAAGACUUUACACUGGUCGCCCUCGAGUUUCAGUCGGCAGAGGACUGUCUCAAUGUCGGGGCUUCCAUAGAACAGCUCUCCAAUAUUGAUAACCUGACAUUGAGCUACCCAUUUUUCUACCGUGCCAUGUUUGAGCCUCUGGAGGACGGCUGGCAGGCUUUUCUCCCUGAGAAUGAGUACACACGUUGUAAGGAAUGCUCGGAGGAAUGGAGACUUAGCUACGUCAACAAGGACUAUUCGGUAUGUCCGUCAUAUCCACAUGCUGUCAUUGUUCCUAAGACAGUUGAUGACGACACGCUUGUAAAAGCAGCCCAGUUUCGUCAGCAUGGCCGAUUUCCAGUUCUUAGCUAUUACAGUAAACAAACUAAGGCCGUGAUGAUGCGGAGUAGUCAGCCUCUGACGGGUCAGAACAAUAAGCGUUGUCGGGAAGACGAGAAACUGGUCAACUCUGUCCUUGGCAUUGGCAAGCGUGGAUACAUUGUGGACACAAGGUCAUCAAGUGCUGCCAAGUCAGCCCAGAGUAAAGGUGGCGGUUACGAGCCAGAGGCACACUACUCACAGUGGAGGCGAAUUAACCAGCCAAUAGAACGGCGACAACACUUCCACGAGUCCCUUAUCAAACUAAUGGAAGCCUGCAGUGACAAUGGGGCUAGUAUGGACAAGUGGCUGUCUAAACUGGAAUCUAGUAACUGGCUUACAAACAUCAAAGACAUUCUUACCUGUGCUUGUACUGUAGCACAGUGUAUGGACUCUGAAGGAGCUUCUGUGUUGGUCCAUGGAUCCGAGGGACUGGAUACUACACUUCAAGUUACCUCCCUUGUCCAGUUGAUCCUUGAUCACGAUUGUCGAACCAUUAAUGGGUUUGAGGCACUAGUGGAGCGGGAAUGGCUCCAGGCUGGUCAUCCUUUCAGUGACAGAUGUGCUAAGUCUGCAUAUGCCACAACCAAGACACGUCAGGAGUCGCCGACGUUCUUAAUGUUUCUCGAUUGUGUCUGGCAGAUCUGGCAGCAGUUUCCCUGUUCUUUUGAGUUCACUGAAGAUUUCCUCAUCUUGUUACAACAGCAUGCAUAUUCCUCACAGUUUGGUACAUUCCUGUGCAAUAAUGAACGAGAAAGAAGGCAUUACCGUUUAUCAAAGAAAAGUGUUUCUCUAUGGACUUAUUUAGCUCGACCAGAAGUUUUGGGCGUUUUCCUUAAUCCUAUGUAUGACCCAAAUCCUAGAGUGAUCUGGCCGUCUGUUGCUCCACAAAGUUUGAGUUUAUGGGCAGGACUUUACCAGCGAUCAAUGAUCAACCAAUCAAAACAGAAGGAGGCGUGGAAAGAAAUCACCAAGAUUAGAGAGUAUGACAAAGAGCUGAGGUCAAAGGUUACAAAACUCCGAAGACAACUGGCGUCACUGGAAAAAGAGGCCAUCGGAGCUGGGGUGAUCAUGCCAGUCGGACUGGACGUUGACUGUACCAUAGAUUAAAUAAAUGGCAUUUAUAAGUGAUCAACAGGGACUUACAUAGAUGGACCAAGUGUGGAAAACAUGUAUGAUGAGCUAAAAUGAACUUUAUGGACAUGUAGCAUGCAUCAAACAUAUUGAAAACUGUUUAACUUAAAACACAAAGAUUAUCUCCCAACUGAAGAUCAGAGAUGAUAUAAAGACAUUUAAUUUUUUUGCAGAAAAACGGAAAAGUCCUGUUAAAAAAUAGAGUUAAGACUUUAAAAUUUAUAGUACGAUGUUCAGGUUAACAAAUGUUAGACCCCUAUGUACCUUCAGUAGACUCUGCCAUGCAUUGAUAUGGAUGAGUCCAUUAUGGUCUACAGUGGUGAAAGGGUUAAGCAUAUUUGAUCGAAAGAUAUGAGAUUUUUUUUUCCAAAUUCUUGUGAAAUAUGUGAAAUUAAAUCUAAAGUUAUAGUACUCUACAUAACUAGCUAUCCAGAACAGUUGGUGGUACGUGUACAUGGCUACCUGCACAGAGGUAUGUGUACAGAGGCAUGUGUGUUCUGUAAGGUCAGAUAAGGUAAACCUAAUUUAUGUACACGUUUGUAUGAUUGUCCAGUAUUUAUGAUCUCAAUUCCGACUUUGGAAUUGUUGGGGAGUCCUUUGUUGUACUAUCUAGAUUAACACAUUGUAGUUAAAAUGUAAAAAUUUGAAUGAUCACAAUUUAUUGCUUCCAGUUCUGUGAUAUUUUGGUUGUAUUUGUCACUGUUUUGUCAUGCUGUGUGUGCUGAACACAGGGGGUCUGUAUUGUGGAAUGAUGUAGUGAUAUUUGUCCACAUCAUUAUCCUUUAUAAUCUGAAAACCUGAAUAAACAAGACACUUGUCUAGGUCUCCACUGGUGUUCAGCUAUAAAGACAGGUCUCCCUAUAAAAAUGUGUUAAUAUUAUCCUUGUAAAUUUAAUGCUCUUGUUUGGGGAGACAUUUAUAUUUGUUUACCUGAGGUAUGCUAUGUUCACCGAGGCAUGCUAUGUUCACCGAGGUGUGCUAUGUUCACCGAGGUAUGCUAUGUUUACCUGAGGUGUGCUUUGUUCACCGAGGCAUGCUAUGUUCACCAAGGUGUGCUAUAUUCACCGAGGCAUGCUAUGUUUACCUGAGGUGUGCUAUGUUCACUGGGGCAUGCUUUGUUCACCGAGGUGUGCUAUGUUCACCGAGGCAUGCUAUGUUCACCGAGGUGUGCUAUGUUUCCCUUGGGCUUUAUGAUACCAAAAUAGAAUAAUUAAUUUUCUAUUCGGCAAAGAUACUUGGAACUCAUAAGUGAUAAGUCUUGCAGAUUUUUUAAAGAUGUCUCCAUACAAUGGAGGAGAAUAAAUUGCCAAAGCAAGCCUGAAACUAUUCCAUGAAAAGGGAAUGCAUUUUAUUUCAAAAUCAUGUGAUAAUCCAAUUCAAUCCAAUAUGUUGUUGUUAUUGUAGGGACAAAUUAUAAUAGAGUUUAUCACAAGUGGACGGGUAUUUGUCUUUCUGUAAAAUUCCUGUAUUAUUCGAUACUGACUGCUAUCCAUCUGUCAUGUAUCUCGUAGUCUUUUCACCUUUGUAUACAUGUACAUUCUCUGUAACCUGUGGGUGCAUGUAUUUUAUUUCUAGAUAAGUUCACCAUGCUUUCUAUAGUUCUGACUGUUAGAUGUUGGUUAGUCUGUAGAAACCUUGUAUUAAGAUUCUGUGUUAGAUGUCAGGUUGUGUUUUUUGACAGAAAAAAACAGUUCACUGGUUUGCUCGUCGAUCUGACUCGUUUUGUGUGACCUACUGCAGUAGCUAAUAUACAUUAGGUUUUACUUCUAGUUUGAAGUAUUUCAAGCUUAAUACUAUGUAAGCGAAGUGUUGAAUUUGAAGUAUUUUCAUUUAUGUAUAUAUUUUGUACAUUUUAUUUAAACAUAAAAUGUGAUCAUCUGUGAUCUUUAACAUAAAGAAUGUGAAAGCAUUAGGUAUCAUAUUUUGCUUUGAUGUUGAAUUUUGUUUGUUUAUCCAAAUUUCAUUUGUUUAGUUUUCUCCUGUUUAUAGAGAGCCUAUCUUAUAUUUCCUUAGGUCCCAUUUUUUUGGUUAUGCUCUAAGAACUACAUAACAAUGGACAUUUUCACUUGUAUAUAAAUCAAUUAUUUAAAACAGAACUCUGUGAAAACUUAAUGAAUUUACGUACACCUUUACAAUACGGACUAAAUGUGUGUACAUGUGAUUUAUUUACCGUUUACCGGUAUUAUGAUACAACACUAAAAAUAUCAAAUGGUCUGAAGUUAAGAUUCUUUUCUAAUGAAAGUAUUUUAAUGUAUUAAGAUGCAGACCAGGUGGUUUAUUUAACUUUUUCAGUAUGUCAUAUGCUGCAGUUUUCAAUUAGGUCCACCUCAAUAUUCCACCGAAAAUGUCGUGUUUAUAUGUGUUUAGAUUUCUUCGGACCACAUAAAGACCAUGCUAUUUAUAACUCAUGACGCUGUUCAGUGUAAGAUUGCCAACUUGUAGAAAUACAAUGUCUAGGGUGGUCCUGGAAUAAUUUAUGUAAAAAACUCAUGCAUGGUAUCUAGUUGAAAUUUGUUAUCACAAAAUGAGGAAAAAAAGUAAUUAAAAGGAAAUCAAUUGGCAGCAUUACAAAACUGUGAGCACUUGUAAUGAUAUAAAAUUCAGGAAAUUUUAAAACUUGUAAUGAUGGUACAGGCAAUGUACGAAAUAACUUGAUGUCAGAAAUACUAUUGUGUUGUGUUUUCAUAACUAACAACUUUAUGUACCAAGUUAUUUAACCACUAAAAAGUGUUCAGAAUUAAAUUAACAACGGAACAUUGAUAAAUCAUUCCAUAAACCUAACCCCAAAACUUAGGGAACUGGGUGACUGAUGUGUCAAGGUUUGUGUCCGGACUUAUUGACUCAGAGAUAGAAUAAGAUCACAACAUCCUUGUGAAGUACUAUAUUUCACAUCUAAAUGUAGCUGUUGGGCAUGUGCAAUAUUAUAUUGAUGUUCUACAUGGCUUCAUAUUCUAAUAAAACUGGCCAUUUAUAAUGUAAGUAAAGCUAAGCCUGGCCACAUGUAUCACCAAUAUAUAUACACUUUUGAUUCAAGUUGACAAAUAUUUCCAUAGAUAUCAUACAAGGAUAUGAUAUCUUUGCUUGCAGGUGUAUAAUAUCCAUGUCGGGACGUAAUUUGACCUUUCAGGGUCACAAUCACAGUGUCUGGGGAUAUUUUCGGUUUUAUUAAUCAUUAUCAAACAGGGUUGAUGGAUUCUAAUUAAUCUAAUUAAUCCCGUCCAUACCUUAGAAUAAAAAUAAUUAUUUCAAGGAAAAAUAUAACUUGCUAUCACUCUAAAACUUGAGAAAUUUGAUGAACUUCUUAUUUAUUCUUGUAAGUAUUUUACCGAAUGAAAAGUAUUCGACCCAAUGAUUUUUGUGCAUUUGUCUUUGGAUCUCAACUUGAGAACAGAAGAAGUAUAUAUAUAUAUAAAGGUAAUAUGACAUACUGGGGCCUGCUUGUUAUUGUGUACAAAUCUUUGUUUACACUGGCUAUUUAAGUCGUGAAAUCUUACUUAAUUUAUGACAUGUGCUUUAUGGUAAUGAAUAAAUAUAAAAAAAG